AUGAGUACACUUACCAAGCCUACACGUUUCCUCGAUCUCCCAUCGUCGCGUGUCAAGCCCGAACUGGGCCGUGGCACGGACGUGUGGUCGUUCUUUAACCCCCUCGUCUUUCCCAAGGCGGUGAACCUCGGCCAGGGGUUCAUGAAUUGGAAGCCGCCAGCGUUUGUACUGGACGAAGUCUUGAAGGAGCUGCACGAGCGCACCGAUCUGCACCACUAUUCGCACCCCAAGGGCCGCCCUCGCCUGCGUGCCGCGGUGCAGGCGGCGUACUCUGCCUCGUUCCACAAGCCCCGCGCGGAGGUCGAUCUGAGCAAAGGCGAGAUUGCUGUGGACGAUAAAGGGUUCCCCUUGCAGCGUCCUGACCUCGGCGUGCCCCUCGAUGUGGAGCGCGAGAUCGCCGUCACGGCCGGUGCGAACGAGGCGAUGUACUCGAUCAUGUGUGGGUUCCUCGAGGAAGGCGACGAGGUCGUCCUCUUUGAGCCUUUCUUUGACCAGUACGUGUGCGAAGUGUCGUACAACGGCGGUGUGCCGGUCUAUGUGCCGAUGCUCCCCUCCAAGAGCAAGGAGCGCGUGGUGUCUGCGAACGAGUGGACCUUUGACUGGGAGCUCCUCGAGCAAAAGCUCGCGAGUCCCAAAGCCAAGGCGCUCUUUCUCAACACGCCGCACAACCCCAUCGGCAAGGUGUGCACGCUGGAGGAGCUGCAGCGUCUCGCGCAGUUGUGCAUCAAGUACGAUAUUCUCGUGGUCUCAGACGAAGUCUACGACUGCCUGACCUACGACGGCCACGAGCACAUUCGCAUUGCUUCGCUCGAGGGCAUGUGGGAGCGCACCAUCACCGUCGGGAGCGCGGGCAAGACCUUUUCGUGCACCGGCUGGCGUGUCGGCUGGAUGAUCGGGCCGCCGCACCUGAUCGCGCCUGCCUUUGCAGCCCACGUCCGCAUCACCUUUUCGGUCAACUCCGGCUCGCAGGAAGGCGCGGCGAUCGGGCUUGAGCAGGCCAAGGCCAACGACUUUUUCCCGACGCAGGUGCGCGAGUACGAGUCGCGCCGUGCCGAGCUGCUCGAGACGCUCGACGCGCUCAACUUCACGUACACGCUCCCCCACGGCUCCUACUUUGUGUUGGUCGACGCGUCGUCCAUCCAGAUCCCUGCCGACUUCGAGUUCCCCGACGAGGUCCUGAAAAAACCGCGCGACUACCACAUGUGCUGGUUCGUUGCCAAGGUAUGUGACGUGGUCUCGAUCCCCGUCACCGCAUUCUACUCGGACGAAGGCGCGCACGUCGGCGAGCGGUACAUUCGCUUUGCGUUUUGCAAAGACAACCAAAUUGUGGAGGCGGGGCGUCGACUGCAACAGAAGCUUACCCGGCUAGGCCGCGAGAGCAGCUUGCGCCGCAGCAAGUCGUUGCAGCGCAGCUCUAUUAUUCCGGAUGAUGCCGCGUAUGCCAACCAAUACAACGACUCGGAAGCACACUAUACCUCGGCCGCCGAAGACGCGCGUCCUUCCUCGCGUGCCGCGCACACGUCUGCCGACCGCCAGCGCGAGCUCGCGAAUGACGUCGUGGGCCUUCCGCAGCGCUCCAAGAGUACCAGGGAGGACAAGCCGCGGAGAAGCAAGCGGGUCACCGACGAGGAGCGCUCCCGCCGCCAUCGCACCGAGUCCUCGCGCCGCUCCCGUGCGCCCGAGGACAGGCCCCGCCGCUCGCGUGCACCGGAGGACACGCCCCGCCGCCGCCGUCCGGUCGACGAUAGCGCGUUGACGCAGACGCCAAAGAGCACGCGCCGCGUCCGCCGCAGCAAGUCGGAGGCGUUCUUUGACGCGCCGCUCGACAAGGGCCCCCGCCGCCCCGAGAGCCGCCAAGCCCCGGAGCGUCUGCAAGAAGCGCUUCCUGUGCAAGAGCGCCGCCGCGAGCCGCCGCUGCGUGAGGCGCCGCGUGACGCGCCCUCGAUGAUCUCGCCGCCGAUGUCGACGAGCGGCUCUGCAUUUACGGGCCGCCGCCUCUUUGGCGGCCUGCCGUUCCUGAACCGCAGCGGCACGUCGAGCGGGGCUGCGACGCCCCGUGGCCCGGCCGACGAUGUCAAGGCGCGUCUGGAGCAGGACCGCGCCGAUGCCAAGGCGCGUGCUGCGCAGGAGAAGGCCGAUACCAAGGUGCGCUCGAUCCAAGAGCGCAAUGAGGCCAGGGACCGCCUUGCUCGCGAAAAGAGCGAGGCGCAAAGCCGCUCGAUGCAGACCAAGAGCGAGGCCAAGGAGCGCGUCGCUGCCGCCAAGGCCGAGGCAAAAGAAGCGGCUGCGCGCCGCAAGGCCGAGGCUAAGGAGCAGGCCGCUGCCGCGCAGAUGCAAAAGAAGGAGGCGGCCGAGAUUGUGCGCCAGCGCAAGGCCGACGAGAAAGAGCGCCGUGCCACCGAAAAAAAGGAUGCCAAAGCGGCGAUCGUGCGCCAGCGCGAGCUGCAGGCUACCGAGGCGAUUGCGGCCUCGCGCGAAAAAGAGCGUAUGCGUGAGCUGUCCGAGAUGGACCGCAAGCAAAAGCGCCUGCUUUCUGUGACGCCCUUCCGCCGCCGCAUGGGCGCCGAGGUGUCGCUGACGCCGAUCCAGCGCCACGGCCUGCUCAAGUCGCUGGUCAUGAUGCAGAUGCAGCAAGAGUUCCUCGACUUUGGCCGCCCCGGCAUCCUGACGCAAUACGGCUUCCCCUUUGCGAGCGAUUCGUCGGAAGUCCAAAAGCGCCGUCGUAUGCAGCUGGCGCUCUUUUCGCGCAAAAAGUCGGACGGUGGUGCGAUGAACAAGGAUGCGGUGGACGCUUUGCACGAGCCGUUGAUCUUGCGCCACAUGUACCAGGUGCACCUGCGCCAGUUCCCUGGCCUGCGGGAUGCGUCGCUGGCGUUCUGGCGCAAGCGUAUUCAACGCCUGAACGAUGCGUUCACCUCGUGCAGCAUGUCGACGUCGCGCGAGCGUAGCGAGUACGUGCUGACGCAUAUGCUGUCGCUCGUUGGUACGCAGUACCUCGGCCUGUUCUUUGCGCGUGGUGUGGGUGUGCGUGGCCCCGACGAGGAGCGUGGCCCCGGCAUUGGCGAGCCCGGCUCGGAGCAGUGGGGCGUCGGCAAGCACUGGGGCGCUGGUACGGUGAAGCGCGGCCUCGACAAGCCGUACGAGCUGAAUGCGAACGACCUCGAGCUGAUCAACUCGCUGUUCCGUGGUGAAGACCAAGACGUGUGGAUCGCGGCCGGCCGUGAGUCGCGUCGUGUGCAAAAAGACUGGGCUGCCUUCAAGGAGCAGAUUAUUGAGCAAGAGACGGGUAUGGAGGAGAUUAUCGAGUACCUUACCGUGUCGAACGUGAACAACCUCCCUCCCCAUCUGCAAAACACCGAAGAGUGGGUGCGUAUCCACGUUGCACAGGUCAUGCGCUGGCUCUUUGUCGAGUCGCCUGCUGCCGAUGACCUAUUCAACUUUGUGCGUGUGGUGCACAUGCUCUUCCCCUACUGGCCUGCGCGUCAGAUCCUCAAGAUCGCCAAUGCGCAGAUCAUGAUCCAGAUGAUGCUGUCACUGCUGCUUGCGCAGCCCGGCGGUACCAAGUCGCUUUUCCAGCGGAUUGUCGGCUUUGUCGUCUCCCGUGGCAUCUCGUCGAUCCAGCGCGAGUACAUUGAGCCGAUCCGCAAGGAGCUCAACGACCCUGCGCUUGUGCAAAAGAUUGAGGCGUACGUGCGCCACAAGUCGAACCACGAGACGGACCGCAUGGAGGCCGAGUCGAAGCGUACCGGCAACGACAUGCUCACGACGAUCCUCCUGUCGAGCACUGAGCCGCGUCUCGAUGCCGGCAUGCGCGACUACGUGAUGGAUCUACAGCGUGCGUACGCUGCGUCGCCGUACCGCAGCAAGCCCGACCUCGCGUACCCGUCCACGACGCCGCGCGGCAAGGACAAGCCGCCGAUUCCCGGCUGGGGCGUGUCGGUGGGCGAUGCGUCGAAAGCGCGCAUGUUUGCGCUGCUCAAACUGCUUCUGCGCGAGUCGCUGAACAAGCGCGACCGCGAGCAGUUCUCUUCACUUCUUUCGACGAGCCUCGUCCCGGAUAUCCUCCGCGACGGUCUCAACAUUGUCUUUUACGAUGCGAUCCACGCGAUCGCGUCGGUGGCCAACAUGAGCGACCGUCUUGGCGACUUGCAAAAGCUAAUUGAGGACAUGAUCAACGUACGCAAGAACACGGAUAAUGCGCCGGAACGCUGGACCGAUCUUGCGAACAAGCAUCACGAGUUUAUCUACUUCUUUGCGCACGAGUGUGCGCCGGUGGCCAAGCCGGUGUGGGAGUGGUGCCAGAACGCGUGCGACUACAUGUCGCUCUCGACCACCGACCCGGUAAACCCCGCGGACCGCAGCGCCGAGAAUAUCGAGGUGAAUUUGGACGAAAUGAUGCAAGACGAGCGCCUCUCGUCUGCCGACGUCGACGGCAUCCUCGACGAGAUGGAACAGCUGGAGCAGUGGAGCCGCUGGCAAAAGAUCCGCCGCGAGCUCGAGUUCCGCAAGACGUUCCUGCUGUCGCUCACGCCGGCGGCGUCCGGCCUGUGGCGCGAGUCGCUCCCGUCCACGACGAUGAAGGACGCGGUGGCCGACGUCGAUGGCCUGAUGCAGGACCUGAUCGAGGCCGAAGAUAUCCCGCUGGACGACGGCAAGUGCGAUGCCGUGCGUGGCUCCGAGCGCGGCAACCUGCCGUGGGCCUUCUUUGACAAGGAGGACCCGCUCGGCCAGGGCAUCUUGGCCGAGCCCGACUCGGCAGAGCACCGCGUGCUCAAGCCGCGCGCCGACGUUCAGCCCCCCGAGCUGCACCACACGCGCAAGCUCCUGCCCAUGUUCCGCGAGCUGCUCGUGACAAAGCUGCCCGACUGGCUCGACGCAGACGUGAACGGCGAGCCGAUUCCCCAGCCCAAGUCGCUUGUGCAGUCCUCGAGCAAACUGCUGAAGCAGCGGAGCAAGUUUUUGCCCAAUUAG